AUGCCAAAAAAGUCAAAAAGGUUACAAGAUCAACUACAAUUAACAUACAGAGCAAAAGACAAAGGGGUUAAAAGAAGUGCCAGAAAAGACAAAAGACAAUAUCUGGAGGACCUAUCAAAAGAAGCAGAAAAGGCAGCCAUUUUAGGAGAGUUGAGUACAGUUUACAAAAUCACCAAACAAGCAGGGAAGGCACCAGACAUUGAUUCCAUCCAUGCAGAGAUGUUAAAGGCAGACUUAGAAACAUCAUCUAGAGUACUUCACAAUCUUUUCCUUGUCAUCUGGAAAGAAGGAGAUAUUCCAUCAGACUGGAGCAAAGGCCUGAUUGUGAAAUUACCAACGAAAGGCAAUUUACGAAACUGUGACAACUGGAGAGGGAUUACAUUACUUUCUGUCCCUAGAAAAAGGAAACCAGGGAGACCUAGAAUCACCUGGCGAAGAACUGUUACUGCAGAAUUAGAAGCAAUGGGCUACACCUGGGGCCAAGCCCAGUACAUGGCUUGGGACAGAGAAAAGUGGAGGCCGUUUGUUGUGGCCUUAUGUCCCACUGGGGAUGAAAAGGAUAAAGAUUUUCAUGUUUGGAUUGGUCUACGUAAAGAUGAAUAUGGAACGGUAAAAUGGACCGAUGAUUCAACACCGACUUGGACUAAAUACAGAUAUUACUCAAGAGACAACGUUUUGGGAGAGGAAGUUGACCUGAAUUGCUAUGCAUUAGACGCCGAGCAUGGAAACUGGGACAAAAAAACGUGUACUGAGCGAUUGGGGUUUGUGUGUGAAAUGGACAUAGGGCAAUGUACUUUUGAACACAGACCUCCAAGUAGAGGUUGUAACAGUGACCUACUAAUGUCAACAGAGGAUGUACACACUCAUGAACUUAACCAAUCAGAAUGUCAGACGGCGUGUCUCAAGGAAGACAAUGUAAACGACAUUGAAUGCUGGGCGGCUGCUCAUAGGCCAGAACAUAAGGGAGACGAUUGCUGGCUGUUUUUCACCAAAGCUACGGAUUAUUGUGUACAGAAUGAGGCUAACUAUGCUGAUGUUUCUUUGUUCAUCAAGACAUGUUUUCAAGCUCUUCUCUUUUUCUUAUUGUUUUACUUUGGAUUUUCAGGAAAUAUCAGUUCAACACAAGCAGAAGCCCAAACAGAAGAAGACGUAAUCCCAGAAGUAUAUGAAACUAUGAAAGCAGAAACAAGUUCCACUGACCCACCUUGUGCUUGUUCAUGUAGAUCUACAAAUAAACAAUCAACACAACAAACUGCAACUAGCAGAAAUACCACUGUUCAUAUGUCACCUGAAGAAAUACAGGAAUCUGUUGACAAGAUUGUACGUGAAAUCAAAGUAAACAAAAAUUCUACGUCACAGUAUAAGCGGAAGUUCAAAAGCGCCCCAGACGAUAGAUUCAGCGCACAAGUUAUUGGGAUAUCUGGCGUUUCAAUCGUUGGAAUCAUCAGUUUGGUCGUUGUUGGUUUUGAUUUGAAAAAUUUGUAUGAUGCUUUUGAGACAAUGUACCACAGAUUGAAGGAUCUAAGUAAAACUCGUUCGAUUCCAUGACUGUAUGCUAGAUACUGUAGUGUUGUGUGCUGUAUAUGUUAGUUUAGACCAAUUAUUUUUUGUUUUUUUUUGUAUAAUUUUUGCAUUCGCUUGUUGGUUUGAUUUGAGAAUCAGAUAAACAAACAAAUUGAAAUAUUUGAAAACCUCCAGAACAAGAAUGUGUCCUGUGAAAAUGGGACAAAAUCUCUAAUUUGGCAUUAAAAUUAGAAAGAUCAUAUCAUAGAACAUGUGUACUUCAUUUCUAGUUGAUUGGACUUCAACUUCAUCAAAAACUACCUCGACAAAAAACUUUAACCUGAAGCGGGACAGACAGAAGAAGGGACAAAAAAAAUAGAAUAAGAUAUCCCAGUUUUUGAAUAAGUAGUUUAAAAGAGUUGCAGUUCUCUUGUAUUAUGUAAUUAAUAAUUCUCUGGCAUUGGUGACUUAUACUCUGGCAUUAGUGACUUAUUC